AUGGCCAGUAAUAGUCCAUACAUAGUUUUGCUUAUUUAUCCAAAAUGUUGUAUGAGAAAUGGCGACAAUGGGGUGACAUUUGAGUGUGAGGAUCCGAUAUUGUUUUGCACUCAGCGUGUGGAAACAUUGACGGAUUUGAAGAGUUUGAUAUUGAGCAAGCUUGGUGGAACACAAGCGAGAAAAAUCGGAAGAGUGGCGUAUAGGUUGCUGGCAUCCAUGGGUAACAGAAUCUUCCGAUUUCGACUAUUCCGACUUCAAGGGGACGAGCAUGUGCGACUGAUGUUCGACAUCCAUGAGAGGAUCAUGGUGGAGCAGGUAAUCGAGCUUUCCGCAGAGGUGGGACACAGUGGUGGUGGGAGUUCCGUACACUCGACCUAUGUACAGGACGACCGACUUCUCGCACCACCGCCCAUUCAUGUCGUCAUUCCAGUGGAUGAGGCAGAGGAGGGCGAGGAGGAGUCGGACAAAGAUUACGUGACGGAUAGUGCGAACAGCGACUCGUUCGAUGGUGGGGAUGAGGAUGAGUGUGUUCCGGAGACACUUAUCCAGACUGUGGUGUGCCAUGUCCUGCCUCCACCUCACCCAAUUCUGCCAUUAUCGGCAGUGCCAGCUCACUAUCACAGUCUGGAUCUGGAUGCCAUGCAUGAGAGGACUCCGUUUCCUGACAUGGGUGAAGAGGAUUACAACCUAGACGACGGUGUAGAGUUUCGGGUCGACUACAAGUUUAGAAGCCAAGAGGCAGUGCUCCAGGGUGUGAAUAACUAUAGUAUUCGCAGGAGUGCGGAAUACCGCGUAAUCGAAUCGGAAUGGUUAAAGUACCAUGUGCAAUAUCGUCAAGCUGAGAAUGGAUGUCAAUGGAGCCUCCGUGUAUCCCUUCGGCAGAACCUCGGAUACUGGUAA